AUGAGACCUGUGGGGUCCCCGCUGCCUCCAACGAGCAGCCUGCCACCCCUGCGGACGCUCGAAAGCAGCACUGAAGAGCAGGUCUUUUCAGCGCUCCAGGGCCUGUCUGCCCUGUACUGUCCCUUCGCGUUCCCCUUUGACGGCGCCAGCGACUGCCACAGGAAGGCUCUGUCAGUUGCUGACACGCUCGUGGACUCUGGCUACGUCUCAGCAACAGAAGGCGACGAGGAUGACGACCGCGAGGACAGACUGGCUGCUCUGCGCGCCGACAACUUUGAGCGCAGUCACGCUGAGCGAUGGCUGACAGGCUUCAUCGCCCGUUCAGAGAUGCUCGAAUGCUUCACCUCUGAGGACUCGCGGCAGCGCGCCAUCGACCAGGCCUCGUGGGUUCUCGAAUCUUUCUUCGCCAGCACCGCCGACCAGGACCAGCAAAUGCAAGAGGAGCUCGCUGAUUACGCGCGCGAGUUCUCGUUUCCCGUCACCAAGGAUGACUCACACGGCCCCGUGACUGUUGACAUUCGACUCAACGAUGGGCUUGCUGGCAUGGACUCGUCGCAACCUGACGAUGUUGGACUUCAGAGCUGGGGCGCAUCCAUUGUCGUCUCUAAACUCCUCUGCCAGGAACCUGCUCGCUUUGGCCUUACCACGUCCUCGCUCGGCGCCUCCCCGCGGAUCAUUGAGCUGGGUGCCGGUACUGGUCUGGUCGGCCUCGUCAUGGCCAAGCUCCUGCCACAUCUGGGGAUUUCUGACCCGACCGUGAUUGCGACUGACUACCAUCCGGCUGUACUGGAAAACCUCCGCUCCAACAUCAAAACCAACUUUCCCCGCCUGGGCGAGGCCCGGAUUGAGGCCGCCCUACUUGACUGGGCAUCUCCCAACCUGGAACAUCCUCUCGAUGCCCCCGCCGACAUGUUGAUUGCCACAGACGUGGUGUAUGCACCCGAGCACGCUGCGUGGCUGCGAGACUGCAGCACCGAGAUUCUUGGGCCCGAUGGUACCCUGUGGCUCGUCGCGACCGUCCGGCAGAAUGGGCGGUUCGAAGGCGUGAGCGAGACGGUCGAGGCUGCGUUCAAUGCGAUAGAUAGGCCGGCGGGCAAAGAUGGACGACGACUUACGAUUAUGCAUGCUGAACGACUAGAAAAGAGUAAUGGCAUUGGGCGAGGAGACGAAAGCGGUUAUCGUUUGUUUAGAAUCGGAUGGGCAUAG